AUGGCGCUGCGUCCGCGAGCUUCCUCUCAGCCUGGAAAACUCUCUUUCCUCCAGAGUCCCAAGGUUGCCUCGGCUCUCCGACCGCGGGCUGUGUCCUCACGAUCCAGCUCCAUGCUGGAAGAGGAGCUGUCUUGUCCUGUCUGCUGCGAGAUUUUCAGAGACCCCGUGGUGCUCAAGUGCAGCCACAGCUUCUGCCGAGCAUGUCUGCAGCAGUUCUGGAACAAGAAGAAAGCCCGGCGUGAGUGUCCCAUCUGCAGGAGGAAGUGCUCCCUGACUGAACCGACGGUCAGCCUGGCGCUGAAGAACGUGGCCGACACCUUUCUGAGGGAGCAGGAGCGCAGGGCGGGCGCAGGCGGGGCAGGAGCAGGGGCCGACGGAACCGUGGAGCAAGCAGAGGAGGUGACGUGCAUCACACAUGGGGAAGUUCUCAAGCUUUUCUGUCUGGAUGACUUUGAAGCUCUCUGCUGUGUGUGUCACACCUCAAAGAAACACCAGGGACACCGAGUGUGUCCUUUGGACGAGGGGGCUCAGGACCUCAAGGUAAUGCACAUGUCUAAACCGUAGAGCUUCUUCGCUGCAUAAUUUCAUCUCCACCUGCAAAGGGAUUAAUCCUGAUCUCUUCUAGCCGUGCAGUUCAGUAAUAUUUCCAAUCUUAGACUCUUGAUCAGAAUAAUAAUACAAAGAUUAGAUGACAUGUUUUUCACAAUUGUCAUAACUCUGCCCUUUAGGCGGAGAUGAAGACAGAGCUGAUCCCUCUUAAGAAGCACCUGCGAUGCCUCUAUGAAGCCAAGCAAGAGUGUGAUGACACAACUGUGCACAUCAAGGUAUCAAUAAACAAGAGAUCCACGAAACCCUAGAAGGCCAGCAUGACCUCUGACUGACUGACUGAAGCUGAUCCGCUGACUGUUAGUGUGUAAACAUGUCAGCCAAGGUGUUAGAAAAACCUCCUAGUUGAUCUCUAGAGUGCAGGAUUCAAACCUGGGUCUCUUGUUUUAUUUAAGAGGACAGUUUUCAAUGAUUGCGCCCAAAGCUGUGAGGAAUCCAUUCUCACUCCCAGGUGAAUUUUAGGAUCAUUUGUAUGAAUUUUACACUUUCUACGGAUUAUAUUUUUUACCUUGCCGACAAUAGGCUCGCAGCAGCUUUGUAAUCCUCCUCUUUUUUUACAGAAAGUAAAAUGUGACCCAAAUAAAGUCUCAUGAGGCUCUGAGGUAUUUGAGGCUCAAAUACCUUCACUGAGUGUUUCACGAAUUCCACAGAAACAAAAUGCAGGGAAAUGAUCCGGCUCCGUCGGGACACAUUGUUUCCAACAUAACUGAAUCAUUUCCCUUUUUUUAUUUCCUGAUAUGUUAAAGUCAAAUAAUCCAAACUGUAGUGCGCUGUCAUGUGCCUUUAUACGUCCUCUUUUUGGGGCCUUGUCCGGCCUGUCCUGGGGAGUUUAUGAAAUCAUAAAAAUGUGCGGGGUUUUGUUUAAACCCUCAAAAUUUUGUGCGCGACUCCACCCCGCGUAGUAGUGACCUCUUUUUGGGGAUUCAGAGUAUGGUCACCCUACUUUAUUGGGCGACAGUUUGGUAGAAAUGGCAGGACACUUUUUAAAGCUUGAUGGUUAAUAAUUCUGUUUAUUUUCCCUCUAUCCUAUUUCUGUCUGUGUCAUAAACUUUGAAUCACUAUGUGCCAUCAGAGCCUGUAAAACAGUCUUUUCUGGGAGUCCCCGAUCUCCAUGAUACUGUAGGUUCUUCUGGAUCACUGCUGCAGAUGUUUAGCUGCUGUGGUUCCCCCUCUACUCUAGGGCUGUGCGAUUGUCGAAAAUUUACUGAUACCGAAAGUUACGACAAUAACUGACGUCAUCUUGCCUACGUCAAUAUAUUAGAUGUCAAAUAAAUAAAAGUUGGUUUUGGAUGUGUGUAGGUAGGCUAUGGUCUCAUGUCCCUUUAAGACGCUGUCCUACGUCAGAGACGUGAGUCCACCCCAUUCAGUCCGUAACAAAGAGGGAAAGACAGGUGAGAAGAUGGAGGACAGUUCAAAAGUAGCGGCUGAAGUAGACGAAGUUAAUGUGGGAGGGGGUGAGCAGCUUGUGGAGUAGUUAUCGUCCAUUUAUCGUUAUUGAGGUGAACUGCUCAAUAUAUCGUGAAAUUCAUUUGAGGCCAUAUCGCCCAGCCAUACUCUAUCCUCAUUCUAAACCAAAUGCGGCAGAGGCAGAUGAGUGUCUUCCAUGAGUCUGGUUCUGUUCAAGGUUUCUGCCUGUUAAAGGAAGUUUUUCCUCCCUACUGUAACUUGCUUAGUGCUGCGUUCAUGGACAAAGACGGGAGUGGGUCUGAUUUUACAAGAUAGGGCUCAAUCUAAUCCCAUCUUUACAUUGGGUCCAUACAGUAUGGUCUGUGUUUUGUUAGGCAUCUAGGGAUAACACUUGCUGUGAAUUGGCUGAGGUUUGGUUAUUCUAUUGUUUACGAGUUGAUUGAUUGAUUGCAGAAUGCCCUCCUGCCCUCUCCAAACAACUCACUGUUUAAAAGACAAUCAGAUUAAUUAGAUUAGCAUAAAGUGAUCACAUCAUUCUUUAACAUGGAGAUUUACAGGAUGAAUUAAGUGAGACAAGCCCGCUCCUUUAACUACGAAAGAGGAUGAGGGCCACAAGAACAGUGAAAAUAAAUAAUUACAAGAGGGCGAUUUUUUAAACUUCCAUUUCGAGAUUAAAGUCAAAAUUUUAAAAAAGUCGAUUUUAUUCAUGUUGACUUUAAUCUCAAAAUUAUUUUUCUUUAAUCUUGAAAUUUCGAAGUUAUCGAUGACAUUUCGACGUUUUGUAAUCUCGUAAUUUCGACUUUAAUUUCAAAAUUUGAAUUUUUUUAAUCUUGAAAUUUUGAAGUUAUUGAUAUAAUUUCAACAUUUUGUAAUCUUGAAAUUUAUUUUUUCCCCCCAAUUUUUAACACGAAUAAAUGUCGACAUGAGUAAAGUCGACUUUAAUCACGAAAUUUUGACUUUAACCUCAAAAUUUUAAUUUUUUUAUCUGGAAAUUUAUAAAUUAUUGACCACAUAUCAACAUUUUGUAAUUUUGAAAUUUCAACUUUGAUCUCAAAAUUUCAGCUUUAAUCUCCUUCCUGUAAUUAUUUUUCUUCUCUUCAUGUGACUCUAAUUCUUUUUCGUAUUUCACAGAUUUAAUCUCUGACACUUUUAUUUCCACGUCUGCUAGAAUCAGACUCAGGCCACAGAGAAGCAGAUCAAAGAGGAGUUCCAGCAGCUGCGAGAGUUUCUGCAGCAGGAAGAGGCCGCUCGGCUGGACGCGCUGAAGCAGGAGGACGAGGAGAAGAAAGAUCUGGUCAAGAGGAAGUCGGAUAGCAUCACCAGCUGCAUCCUCACCUUCUCUCAUGCUAUCAUCGCCAUUGAGAACGAGAUUGCCUCCUGUGAUGCUCUCUUUCUAAAGGUAGGUGUUUUAAAUGGUUUUUUAAUUCUCUAAAUGAUCCUGGACCGUCUGAACAGCUUGUAAUAUUGUCUGUUUUGAUUUCAGAACUAUGCCAACACAAAGAAAAGGUUCGUUUCCUCACCUUCUGUCAGAUUCAGCUCAGUUGUAGUUGAACAUAAGUGGACAUACAGUAUUUGUGUGUUUUUUCCAGAGCGCAGAUCCCACAGAAGGAUCCAGAAAAGGUGUCAGGUGCUCUUAUAGACGUGGCCAAGCAUGUGAGCUCCCUCAAAUACAACGUGUGGGAGAAGAUGGUGGACCUGGUUAAUUAUAGUAAGCACUCACUGGACCCUGAGUCAUCAAUUUUAAAUGGGGUGAUAAAUGAUAAAACCAACUCUGCCUGAUGUUUUCUUCCUCAGCACCCAUCACACUGGACCCAAACACCGCCUACUCCUGGUUGUCGCUCUCUUCAGACCUGACCAGCGUGGCCAACGGUGGAUCCAUUAAGAAGCUUCCAGACAAUCCUGAGCGUUUCGGCCACUUCGUAUUCGUGCUUGGCUCUGAGGGCUUCGCGUCAGGUCGACACGCCUGGGAGGUCGAGGUGGGUGAUAAGGCGGACUGGAUGCUUGGAGUGGUCAAAGAGUCAAUCGACAGGAAGGGACGCAUCUCAGGCUGCCCUGAAGGCGGCUUUUGGAUGAUCUCACACUACGAGGGUGAAUACUCGGCCAUGACGAGGCCCAGCACUCCACUGGAGCUGUCGGCUGAGCUGACCCGAGUCAGGGUGCAGCUGGACUACGACUCCGGAGAGGUGAUUUUCUCCAACCCUGUCAGCAUGACCCCUAUCUACACCUUUAAUGACUUCUUCACUGAGAGGAUGUACCCUUUCUUCUGUCCUGGUGCCAACAUCAACGGAAACAACCCCAACCCACUUAAGAUCUGCCCUGCCAAGGUUGCUGUGUGGAAUAGCACCACAUGGUGA